CCUACUGUUUUUGAUAUAUAUUGCAUAUUGUGCCUUAAGGGCAGCAGCUACAUAAAGAUAUCUCUCAGUAUUUGUUCAGUAUUUGACAGUUAGGCUGUUCCAAUGUACCUUAGGGAUUUUUAUUCUAAUUUUAUGCUGUCAGACUUUUAUUUCUCUGACUUUGUAUCCUCUGUGGUAAUAUUACUAAAAGCUUUCCGGUUUUGUGGGUAUUUUUAUUAAAAGAAAAGUAAUUGUAUUAAUCAGAGCUUAGUUUUUCUUGCCUUUUUCUUCCAGAUUAUCCCAAUGGCAUUCGGCUCACGUCAGCUGUUCCAGGAGCAGAUAUCAAAGUACUCAUAAAUUUCAAUGCACCAAAUCCUCAGGACAGGAAGAAGUUUACAGAUGAUUUGAGGGAAUCAAUUGCAGAAGUUCAAGAAAUGGAAAAGCACAGAAUAGAGUGUAAGUACAAAGCCGAGCUGGAGAAGCAGAAGGGGGUGGUGCGUCCCAGCAUGUCGCAGUGCUCCAGCCUGAAGAAGGACUCCGGGAACGGAACCCUGCCCCGGGCGUGCCUGGACGACAGCUACGCCGGCGGCGAGGGGCUGAAGCGGAGCGCGCUCAGCUCCUCCCUGCGCGACCUGUCCGAAGCAGGCAAGCGUGGGCGACGCAGCAGUGCAGGAUCGCUAGACAGCAAUAUGGAAGGGUCCAUCAUUAGCAGUCCUCACAUGCGCCGAAGAGCUACAUCAACCCGAGAGUGUCCAUCUCGCCCUCACCAGACUAUGCCCAACUCCUCCUCACUCCUAGGGUCCCUGUUCGGUAGCAAGAGGGGCAAGCCCCCCUCGCAGAGCCACGCGGCCGCGCAGACCCCGCACCACGCGGAGGGCGCGGCCGCCGCGCCGCACCCGCACCACGCGCAGUUCUGCCACCAGAACCCGCCGCCCUACCACCACCACCACCACUACCACCCGCCCCCGCACCCGCACCCGCACCAGUACCACCAGCACGGGCACGGCCACGGGCACGGCCCCUACCUGCCGCACGCCCCGCACCACGGCCCGCACCACGGCCCGCACCACCACGGGCCGCCCCCGCCGCCCGCCGCCGCCAGCACCAAGCCCAAACACAGCGGCAUCAGCACCAUAGUCUAGGCCUAAAGACCCUCCUCGUGACUCUAGUUCCAAACCCAGCUGCAAAGGCACUUAGAGGAAGCAACAAAAUCACACCGUCAGUUUUUACCCAGGCCGUUUAAUGAGCUUAAAGGCUUGCUGUUACUAAAUAAAAUAAUUCCAGUUAGCCCAGGCCAUACUGGUUUUACUUAUCUACUGGAUAGAUGUUCACCACCAUCUGGUUAGUUCUUAUUUCCAAACUUGCCUUGACAACGUGCUGCUUGCUGAAUCUGAGGAAAGCUACCUUUUACACCAAACCCCUGGACAAUUUUACACACAUAAUGAAAAGCUAGCCUAUGGAAAAAAAACAGGGAAAAAAGUCAGACAGAACCAAGUGUUGCAUUCUUGCUCUUUUACUCUCAAUGGGCAAAAAAAAUAAGUAGACCUGAUAUGGUUGAUGAAAGUACGUAAGUAAACUUUAUAUAAUAUAAAUAUAUACAUAUAAAUAUAUAUAUAUAUAUAUAUAUAUAUAUAUAUAUAUAUAUACUGUAUAGUUAACAUUUGUGCUUGGAAAGAAAUUUUUUCAGUCCACAAAACUAGCAGUAUAGACUUUACAAGGAAUUCCACUUACUUGAUAGGACAGUAUAAUAGAUGAAUAGCAUAUGAAAGUAGACCAAAACCAUUAAACGUUAGAAACCAAUUUCAAACAUUUCAGUAUUUUCAUCACAAGUCCCCUGGACUUGUUAAGAUUUCUAAGCAAUCAUUACUAAAUGUGCCAAGUAACAUAGCAUUUAAAUGUUAUAGUCCAAUACUGCUUUGUAUAAAUCCUUAUUUUAUUAACACGAUGAUAUCAUACGUAAUCAGUAUUAGAGCUGCUCUGCUAUUUCAGGUAAGCAAACUCGUUAAGAUGCAGUAAUUAUUCCGUAGCAAUGGAGGGUGCCCACCUACCAGGGGGCACCUCCGAGCAUUGGUCACACAAGUUUUUAGACACUUUAAAGGCUGUGAUAACUGUGAAUUUACAUGAUCCACAUUUCUUUUGUAAGCAUAUGGAUUGAACGAGCACAUGGGAAGAGUUCCGCCAGGUGCAUGUAAACACUGCAAAAACAUUCAUCUCAAACAUGAAAAUGGCAAACCUCCAUCCUUCUCAGCUACUUUGGUUCCUGUUUACCAUAAUUGCUCAUUUUUACCCCCAGCGAAGCUGAAUUCUAGUCCAGAGUGUUUCCAGUGGAAGUGCUCUAAAACUUGAAGGUUUGCUUUAGAAUUUAGUAUAGGGUUUUUUUAUAUAUAUAUAUAUAUAUAUAUUAAAAAAAAUUCAAAAUCUGUAAUUCCAUGUAGCCAUGUGCUAGCAAUGAAGUGGCUUUACCAUUUUUACUCAUCACAUUUGUUAGUUUGAAACACCCAGCACUCAGCAGGCUGAGUUUAUGCUCAAACCUUCACUUCCAUAGUCCAGUUAGUUGCAAGACAUCACAUAAAAAUAGGCUGUGCUGUUGUUGCUUAUGUGUUGUAACCAAACAACUUGCAAAUUUCUCUACAAUUUGUAUCCCGAAAUCCUGUACAAAGUUAUCCAUGGCACCUACUUUGUAGUUUCAGCACUUUGAGCCACUGCAAGGACUUAACACCUAAACAGUAGAGACAAAGGAAUCACAACUGCAAAACUGUACCAGCCUAAAAGCAAACCUUGAAGAGGAUGAGCAAAAAGUUCCAGUGAGAGAUGGGUAAAAGUAAUCACAGCUCCAACCAGUCGGGUUUCUGUGGAACAGAAAACAAACAGUAAUAAAAGCGUCCCAAAUCGGGAGGACAUGGGAGCAACAGAGUGACUUGUCCUGUUGGCUUGCUCAUGGCAUCUCUAGCGUGGGGAGGAUGGGAGAGGUUCAGUCAUUUUUUCCCUUUCAUACCAUGGAUACCACAAUACCAGCAGAACUGCAAACUGAGCACUUUGUUCACCUCCACAGAGAGCAAAUACAGCAAUCUAGAGUUUAGCCUUUUGUUUCCAGCAGUCCACGUUUGUUUCACACAUGUGCAAUAUGUUUUCCCCUUCUGCUCCUUCUCCUCAGAAUGAUCUCCAUGAAAAGAAAACAAGUGAUUAUUAUUCUUUUUCUGUGUCACUCAUUCUAUUCUAAAUUCUGCGGCUUACCUUAAGAGGGCUCACCUGGGUCCCCUGAGGCUCUGUUCCUUGCAGUUUAAAAAAUAUAUACUGUUCUUAUAAGGGAAAGUAGAACUGUCUGCAUGUCAUCUAAUGUUAUUAGUGUGAGGCUACACUCUACAUAUUGUAUAAUUGCAAAAUAUAUCAGUGUUACUGUUGAUAUUAGUUGAAGUAAAGUGAUAACAUGUUUCAAUAUGUAGACUUUUCUUCAUACAUCUGUACCAAUAGUAGAGUCUAACUGUAAUUUAUAGGUUGUUCCAGAAAAGAUGAAGAACCAUUUAGGUGCAAACAUCUCUGAGAAACUGCAUCUUUUAAUUAAAACAGAGGUAAGAAAGCUCCUCUUCACUGGGUGAUGGAGUCUGUACUUGUUUCAGAUGCAGAGGCAUAAUGGAAGUAAAAUUCUGUAGAUGGAAUAAAGGCAGAAUAUGCAGUAGCAGUGGAGAGGAAAAUCUGACUCACUGUGUUGAUUAACGCUGAAGGUGUUAAAUCUCCCAGAUCUGCAUUUGCUUUGUGUUUAAAAAACCCUUUCAUUCAUUUAAAUUAGAGUUACAUAUAUUCUGUGCUUAAACAGUGAGCCACAGUUUAAUGCCUGCCCACUGAUUUUCCAUGUGCAGUCAAUGUAUUUGUGAACCAAAGUGUUGAGGAGAUGUCACAAACGUGCAUGCACAGAAACAUUUCCACAUGGUUCCAUGGACACUGGGGAGGAGAAUGUGCCUGCCCUGGGCCUGCAGGGAGUGUGAAAUCACAGAUCACUUGGAGGCUGGUUAGAAACCAAAACUGGUAACCUGAGAGCACGGGAUUUGGAAACUCUGUUCUUGCUCUUUCAAGCCAAGGAGGAGAAACAGUGGACUUUACUUUUUUUUUUUUUCCUAGUUUUGUUCUGUUUUGUUUCUUAGACUAUGUGUUUCUAUGUACUCCAACCAAACAAAAGUGUCUUGGUGUCAGCACAAGUCUCCAGACCUUUGCUGCUUGUAUAGGGUCAUAGUAAAACCUCUCUGACUCCAUCCUUGAUCAACAGUUGCUUAGAGCAGUGUGGGUCGUGCCUAGAAUAGGAGAAUUCCAGCACUUAACACUGCCUGGGGUUAAGAAAAUGAAUUAAAAUGAAUUCUUCAGCCUGCAGACAGGAGUAGAAUGGAGAGGGUUUUUUAUCAGAUACCAUUGCCAAUUACAAACUGGUACAGAACUGCAUAGACUGACCGUGAUUCUCUCUUCCCAUAAACGAUGUGGCAAAGCAGUAAUGCUGAUUUGGACAAAUGAAAGGGAAAUGUAAAGAAUGAAGGUGUGGCAACAACAAAAAAAAUCUUUUCUGGGACAACAAUCAAAUAUAUAUUUGGGGUUUUUAUUCUUUUAAGUUAAGAAUGAAAUGUAAAACAAUGUAAAGAAACAAAGUUCAUCCUAAUAUAAUGUGCGCCUUGUAUUGCUAAAAAAAAGAGUCUAACAUACAGUGUAGAAUGAUUUUCCCAUCAUGUACUGCAUGCAGCAGAAGCCUCUUGUUUCUUGAUAAAAUGAGCUGAAAGACAGUCAGCAGAUAUUUAAACACUGAAUCUCUAGAUGUUGACUUGCUGUUCCAUAUGAAGCUGUGUGUUUUCUGCAGUUAAGCAUGCAUUUUGCUGUUCCCUUGUAAAAUACCAUCGCACUUCUUGACUGAAAAAUGGAUUCUCGUGUAUAUAUUUCAAAGAAAAGUGGAACCAAUAACAAGAUUCAAUUUGGAAAAGAGAAAAGGGGGUGGUGCAAAUGGGACCAGUAGGGGGAAGAGAGAAUUAUCUAAAUUGUACAUAGUGUGUAAAUUAGCAUUACUAUAAGUCUGCAGUCACUUUGAGGUUGCCUAUCUCCUGCUAGGAACUUAAAUCAGCUUUGAGUUGUAUUAAACUGUUAGAAUUAGGUCUUGAAUGCAGACUCUUAAAGACUUCAAAAAUCAUUAUGCUUACAAGAAGCUUCUGUUCUGGGGAGGCUCGAGACCCCUUUUGUAACUCUGGGGAAGAAAGGAGUGCUUUCAUUUUAAUAUGCAUUCUGUUUGUAAGUAGUAACAGACCCUAUUGAUGUAAAACUAUAACUGUGAUCAUGUGGAGAAAUCAAAUAAAUCAUUUAAAACUC